GUUUCCGGAAGACGUGGCGGCUCUCGCCUGGGCUGCUUCCCGGCUGCAUUUCUACAGAUUCAGCUUCACACCCUGGGCGUCCUGAGGUGCCGCCGCCGCAUCUGCUACCGCCGUUGUUCUCACCACUGCAGCCAUGAUCUCCUUAACGGACACCCAGAAAAUUGGAAUGGGAUUAACAGGAUUUGGAGUGUUUUUCCUGUUCUUUGGAAUGAUUCUCUUUUUUGACAAAGCACUACUGGCUAUUGGAAAUGUUUUAUUUGUGGCUGGCUUGGCUUUUGUUAUUGGUUUAGAAAGAACAUUCAGAUUCUUCUUCCAAAAACAUAAAAUGAAAGCUACAGGAUUUUUCCUGGGUGGUGUAUUUGUAGUCCUUAUUGGUUGGCCUUUGAUAGGCAUGAUCUUUGAAAUUUAUGGAUUCUUUCUCUUGUUCAGGGGUUUCUUUCCUGUGGUAGUUGGCUUUAUUAGAAGAGUGCCAGUCCUUGGAUCCCUCUUGAAUUUACCUGGAAUUAGAUCAUUUGUAGAUAAAGUUGGAGAAAGCAACAAUAUGGUAUAACAACAAGUGAACUGAAGACUCAUUUAAAAUAUUGUAUUAUUUAUAAAAUCCUUUGAAGAAAAUUCAGCACAAAAUUAAAUUACAUGAAAUAGCUUGUAAUGCUCUUUCCAGAAGUUUAAAGCGUAUAGCCUACAAAGUAUCAACAGUAGUUAGCAAGGAAGCAAUGAAAACAGGCUUCUAAUCAAGUGAUCUAAGAAGUCAUCAAGCAAACUGAAGGAGGUGAAAUGUUACAACCUUUAUCGAAACUCUUGAAGGCUAUUUUUAUUGUUUUUUCCUACAAUGUGUGAACUAUAGCCAUCCUUAGAGAACUGUGGUGCCUGUCCCUUUACUUUUUAUUUUGAAAGUGCAGGAGCAUCCACACACAAAAUUUGCUUUUCAGAAAUGCCCACUACAAUGGCAAAAAUACUUCCAGUUGCACUGUGUCUCUGAAAGUGAUGCAUGAGAUAAAUUGGAUUAUGUCUUUUUUAUAUAUUAAAACCAAGGGAAACCCAGUUUUGAUGUAUGAAUUACUUUUUUUAUAAAUGUGGUUACAAUAAAACUUUUGUUGUUCUUCUGAAUCUUAAUAUUGUACUGUUGAUCUUAGCCAAAAGGUCGAGAAACAAUGAAUCUGAAUAUUUUAAAGCCAGAUGAAAAUUGAACUACGUAUUCUUUGUUGGAAUAUGCAAAAGUCAUUCUUUACUAAUUUAAUUUAUUUGUAUCUAAAUUACAGCUUACUAAGCACUUUUUUGGUCAGCAACAUACUCUGAAAAUACUCAUACUUCUGAGGAGUUUGAACUCCUAAGUAUCUGUCCAUAUUCAUUACAUCUAAGCAUUUAACAAAAAGCACUCUUGACCAUGAAGUUGUCUAUUACAUAGCUUGUCUCAUUGAAUAGUCUUUUAUUUCAGGUCCUAAGUGGUACAAAACCAAAUGUAUCUGCCCACAUCAUGGUGUAGUUUUUCUUUCUUGCUUUUUUCCCUUUUUUUACAAAUUUUAAUAGCAGUUUUUUAUUUUGCUUUUCAUAAAUUAAAAUAACUAUUGGUAAUGCUUACUUUAAGACGUGAAAUGUUAAAGGUUAAGUUCAUGACUUUUUCAGGACUUCAUAUAAGCUGAACUUUCCCUGUUCAGCUUUUUCAUAACAAAAUUUAAUACGCAUGACAUGCUUCCUGUGAGCACUCUUCAUCUUCAGUUUUGGAGAAAAUAUCUUAGAUCACAUGCUAUAGUUAUUUUACUGUAAUUAAACUGGCUACAGUUUCUUAAAAACAUGACACUAAAAAUAAUGAUGUAUUGUCUUUUCUCCUGUUGCUACUUGACAGCAGUAGGAAACAACAGUUGUUUCUUCUUUAGCAGUUUUCCAAGGUGGCAGCUUUUGUGGUAGAUGUAGGAACACAGUUUAACAGCCACAGUACUAUUUAUUUACCACUAAUGAUCGUGCUAUUUACUUUUUUAACAGUUACAAAGGUUUUUAAUGCAUAAAAUCAUAAUUGAAAUUUAUGGUUUGUAUUUGUAAACAUGUCUACAAAACAUUACAACUUAUGUUAUUUUUAAGUGAAAUCUGUUGAUGCAUAGAGAACUCCCAGCCUUGCUCAUGUAAAGAAGGAAAGAUUGGUAUAUAGUCUAAUGGUUCAGUCUUGUGGAUUGCUGUCUUUUUGGUACUGGCAUUUUACUUAUGAUAUAAUCUGUGAAAAUUGGCAUCGACAAAUGGAGAUUCCUACCUCAGUAGCUCAUGGAAUUAUAAGAGACUUAGUGUUGUGUCUGAUGUUCUUCAAAAAAGUAGUUUCAUCCUCACUUGGAGAGUGUCAAAUAUAUAUAUAUAUAUUAGGUAUUGAUUUACAUAAGGUGCCCUGUAGGACUCUGUUAUACAUAUUUUUGACCCAUAUCAUUUACAGUGGCUAAAUAAUCCCAUCUUUUUAGUGUAAGAAAAGUAUCUGUUAAUGUAUGGAACUUCUGUAUUAUUUAACUCCUUUGUAGACAUGAAUUUCUAUCAAACGUUCUUUGCACUGUGACAGAGAUCCCUUUUUCAACAAUCUUAUUUCAGAAAGCACUGCUUUUGGACAAAAGCAUGGAAAGCAUUUGAUAAUCUCCCAGUCCUUAGUAAGACUGAGAGUCUGAAGUCCAGUUAAUAAUCAGAUGUGAGUUUGGGACUGCUUGGCAGCAUUGUGUAUUUUUUAUUCAGCACCAUUGAUGAAGUUGUCUUUUUAAACAUACUAGUCUUCUGACAGAAAGCACUGUACAUCAUAUUGUCUCUUCCUUUCCAAAAUCACCUUCUGUCUGUGACAAAAGCAUACUUUAUUUCUAUAAAGAUGGAGGGAAAGGUCUAAUACUACUUAGCCUUAAGUGUAUCUGUCAUUGUUCAAAUGUAUUUUUUGUAACAGAAACAUAUUUGGAAUGUUUUUCUUUUUCCCUUGUAAAUUGUAAUUCCUGAAAUACUGCUGCUUUAAAAAGUCUCAAGAUCAGAUUAUAUGAUCUAACAAUUGAAUAUUGUAAAUACACUUGUCUUACCUCUCAAUAAAGGGUACUUUUCUAUUAA